AUGUCCAAAGUAUAUGUUAACGAAAAAGCCGGUACGGACGACUCAGCUGCUGGGUUCGGUACCGAAGAAAAGCCAUUUCUCACGCCUGCCUAUGCUUCCUACUCCCUGCCAGAAGCCACCAUCUACCUCUACAAGCAGGUAGAAGAGUCCGAAGAGUUCGCCUAUGUCGAGAUUUCUGCCUCUGCUUUAAAAAAGGCCAAGAAAGGUGCUGACGGAAUCAAGAAGAAGUUGGAAAAACAGGCCAAAGCAGCCGAAGAACAAGCUAAAAAAGCCGAGGAACAAGCUAAGAAGCUUGCUGAAUUGGACUUGAUCAAAAUCGUUGAAGACGAAAAGUUGCCAGCUGCUAAGAAAAUCAAAUUGAGAGCCAUCCAAGAGAACUUGGAAACAAGAGUUGCCGUCCAAGGUUGGGUUCACCGUUUGAGAUUGCAAAAGGGUGUAGCUUUCAUAACCUUAAGAGACGGUACUGGCUUCAUCCAGGCUGUCUUGUCAGGUGACUUGGCCAAAGCCCGUCAGACUCAGGAAUUGACCAUUGAGUCCACUGUAGUUAUCAAGGGAGUUAUUUCCAAGUUGCCUGAGGGCAAGUCUGCACCUGGUGGUGUAGAAUUGAAGGCCGAUUACUAUGAGGUUGUAGGCUUAGCUCCUUCUGGAGACGAAUCCUUUACCAACAAAGCUCCGGAAAACUCCGAUCCUUCAUUAUUGUUGGACCAGCGUCAUUUAACGUUGAGAGGUGAGACUUUAUCAGCUGUAAUGAAAGUCAGAGCUUCCUUGUUGAGGGCUAUCAGACGUUUUUUCGCUGAGGAAGGUUUGUUGGAAGUAACUCCUCCUUGUAUGGUUCAAACCCAAGUAGAAGGUGGAUCUACUUUGUUCAAGAUGGACUACUAUGGCGAGGAAGCAUACUUGACCCAGUCAUCGCAAUUGUAUUUGGAAACAUGCUUGCCAGCUCUUGGUGACGUAUACUGUGUCCAAGAAUCUUUCCGUGCCGAAAAGUCCCAUACCAGAAGACAUCUUUCUGAGUACACCCAUAUUGAGUCUGAGCUUGCUUUCAUAGAAUUUGACGACUUGUUGUCACAUUUGGAACGUCUCAUCACCAAAACAGUACAAUACGUACUUGAAGAUGAAGUUGCUGGUCCUUUGAUCAAGCAGUUGAACCCAGACUUCCAACCUCCAAAGACGCCUUUCUUGAGAAUGGAAUAUAUCCAUGCUUUAGAAUGGUUGAACGAACACGGCAUUCCAAACGAAGAAGGUGAAAAGUUCAAGUUUGGUGACGAUAUCGCUGAAGCUGCUGAACGUAAGAUGACUGACACCAUCGGAACACCCAUCUUGUUGAUCCGUUUCCCUGUUGAAAUCAAGUCGUUCUACAUGCAAAAAUGCAAAGACGAUCCAAGAGUCACCGAGUCUGUUGAUGUAUUAAUGCCAAACGUCGGUGAAAUCACUGGUGGUUCUAUGAGAACUUACGACUACGACGAAUUGAUUGCUGCUAUCAAGAGAGAAAAGUUGGACUUAGACUCCUACUACUGGUUCACUGACCAGAGAAAGUACGGUACCUGUCCUCAUGGUGGUUAUGGAUUGGGAACUGAAAGAAUUUUAGCUUGGUUGUGUGAUAGAUUCACAGUUAGAGACUGUUCCUUGUAUCCUAGAUUCACCGGUAGAUGUAAGCCAUGA